UAUUGUAAACAAACUCGUUGCUGCUAAAUAUUUUAAUUAUUUUUCUUCGGUAAAGAUGUCCUCCGACUUAGUAGCAACCUGGAACCUGAGUCUGCCUGAUGGUAAACACAAAGUGGAGUUUGAACACGGAACCACUUCUGGAAAACGAGUUAUUAUCGUAGAUGGCAAAGAAAUUCACAGAGAAGAUUGGAUGUUUAAACUCGUUGGGAAAGAACACUUUAGUGUUGGAAAAGCAAAGUGUACAAUAUCAAUAGAUGCUUGUUCAGGCUUUGCCUACGAAUACACAUUGUCAGUAAAUGGCAAAUCACUGGAAAAGUUCAGUGAAAAUCAGAGUAAAAUAAUGAACUGUUGGUGUUUUACACUUGGAUCAAAGAGCAGUACACCAUUUAGGGUAGUUUUAGAAAAAAAUACACUUGAUGUAUGGGUAAAUGGAAAGAAAAUGGAACAGUUCGAAGCAUUUUCUGACAAUACAGACUUUGGAGCAGAGAUAAAUUUUGUUCUUGGUGAUACAGGACGUCCAGCAUGCAUAAGGACAAGAAGUAGUGGGAAAAAACGGGAUGGUAUGAUACAUGAACUUUUCAUUGAGGGCAGUGACGAGCCAAUUCCACAUGCAAAAGAAUUUCAUUAGCAUUGCAACAUUUUUUUAUACUCAAACUAUUUUAGGAAGGACAGUUAUUGCCUAGGUUCUAGACCUCCCCAGAUUAAGAAAUAAGUUAUUGCAUAAUACCUAUUUUGCUGAGAUCGUCACACCACCUACUCUUCUCAUUUGCCAAUUAGGCAGUUUUUAGAUCUAUUCAGAGAAUAUCGAGAGCUGUUCUACUCACCAGAGCAUGGGAGUUUGCAUCACUCCUUGGUUAAAGUUUUGCAAAUAAGGUCAUUUCUCAGUAAUCAUUUGCAUGUAUUGGAUUGAAAGUUCACUUAAAGCUUCUUAGUCAUUAAAGUCUACUUAAUUAAAGUAAGAUAACUGCUGGUUUACUUUAAUAUAUAAGACAGUUAUGGUCCUUUUUUGACUUGGAGAUUUAGGUUAAAGUUUUACAUGCAACUUUAACUCUCAAACUGCUACAUGUAUCAGAUUGAAACUUUACAGAAUGCUUCCCAGUCAUCAACCCUACUGACAUAACCAAGUUAGAUAACUCUUGGUUAAAACAAAUAUAAAUUUACAUAUGAACCGUGCCAUGAGAAAAUCAACUUAGUGGCUUUGCAACCAGCAUGGAUCCAGA